GUCGGCGACCAUUUCUGGCUGCAUUACUAAAGCUAUUUGGUGGUCAAUUGGGUCUGCUAACCUUUUUGGGUGGGCAGAUGCAUGCAGAUUUGCUAGAUACUUCUACGUGGGAGACGCCGGGAUGGAACGACAAGACUGCGGCAUUGUCUGAAAGGCGUGCUUGAAUGGAGUGGAUGGCUGAACAGCUAACGUCAGGUUGCCGUAACAAAGGGGGUUCCCGGGAGCUUAUAUAAACCUAAACUGGACCCGGAUUCAUUUCUUUGGUCCAGUCCCCUCUUUCUCAUUCUCAUCUUCUUUAGCCAGCAAACAUAUACAUACUUUUGCUCAUCUCCACCAAAUUGUUUUCUACUUCAAGUCCAAACAGCUCUUGUAAAUUCAUACAGACACAAUGGCCGAAGAGCAGCGCCCCGCCCCUCUCCGUCUGGGUACUGAGGCCCCCAACUUCAAGGCCGAGACCACUAAGGGUCCCAUCGACUUCCACGAGUUCAUCGGAAACAACUGGGUCAUCCUCUUCUCACACCCCGAGGACUUUACCCCCGUCUGCACAACCGAGCUGGGAGAAUUCGCCCGCCUCGAGCCCGAGUUCACCAAGCGCGGCGUCAAGUUGAUUGGUCUGUCGGCCAACACUGUUGGUAGCCAUGAUGGCUGGAUCAAGGACAUCAAUGACGUGACGGGCAGCCACGUCUCCUUCCCCAUCAUCGCCGACAAGGAGCGCAAGGUCGCCUACCUGUACGACAUGCUCGACUACCAGGACACCACCAACGUCGACGAGAAGGGAAUCGCCUUUACCAUCCGCUCCGUUUUCAUCAUCGACCCCGCAAAGAAGAUCAGGACCAUCCUGUCCUACCCUGCCUCGACCGGAAGGAACAGCGCCGAGGUUCUGCGCAUCAUUGACAGCCUGCAGACUGGUGACAAGCACAAGGUCACCACUCCCAUCAACUGGGUUCCGGGUGACGAUGUCAUCGUCCACCCGUCCAUCAAGGACGAGCAGGCAAAGGACUUGUUCCCCAACUUUAGAGCCGUUAAGCCUUACCUGCGCUUUACGCCGCUGCCCAAGGAGUAGACGUUUGUCUGAGGGUUUGACACGGUUUUGUAAUGCUCAUAGGCGAAUUAAAAAUAGAAUGAUUAAUCUCACGAAAUUUAACCAAA